AUGGAUGAGGAUGCCAUUAAUAGGCCUAUCUUUUGUAUGUUUAUGAGAGCUUUUAGAGUCUCUGGUAAUAUGUCUGCGGUCGACAACUCGAAGUUUUUGGGUAGCUGCUGGAGUAGUUCUAUUUCUGAGGGUCUUAAUAUCCCGGUUGAGAAUACAGAGAAUUCAGUGACAGUUCAAAGCCCUUUAGAACAUGAUGAGCAUUUAAGGAUUAUUCUGCAGACUCUAAAGGAAAAUAAGUUAUACUCCAAGUUGAGAAAGUGUGAGUUCUGGAUCAGCGAAGUGACUUUUCUUGGACAUAUCAUUUCUGCUGAGGGUAUCCGAGUGGAUCUGAGUAAAGUGGAGGCUAUUCUGAACUGGAUGCAACCCAAGAACGUCUCUGAGAUACGUAGUUUCUUAGGCUUAGCUGUUGAGCAGGGAUCAAGUUCAAAGUAUACUUUGGAUCAGGAUAGUAUUUUUUACUUUCACGGUCAUUACUACGUCCCUAAAGAUGAUGAGUUGAGAUGGGCUAUUCUUAAGGAGGCUUAUAGUAGUCCUUACGUUAUGUAUCCUGGUGGGGACAAAAUGUACAAGAAUCUCAAGGAGCGUUAUAGUCAAUUAAGAUUCCUGAAUUGA